GACAUUCGUCGGGAGAGUGUCGGUGGUGCAUUCGUUAUCGACUACUCUAAAUUUUUUUGUAUGAAUCGAUUAUGACGCUCUUGUAUAUGGUGGUUUAGCCAUACUGAACUAUCGUUGCAAUCUUCCCUUCCCUAAGUGAAUGAAAGAUUACAGCAAAGUUUCCCACGAUGGCAAGUCAGGUUAUAUACCAAAGCCCACCUUUAGACAAUACAGGAUCUUGGGCUUGGACGCUCAGUGCAAAUCUACAGAACUUUAAUCGGUUAUCUCGAGAAAAUUUGCAAAGGGAGCUUGAUAUACACCAAAGUGUUCAGAAACAAAUAGGUAAACCCUUUCAAUCUGUGAAUCUACAACAAUUUUGUUCAACUGAACCGCAAAAUCAAGUGCUAGAAAAUACCUCGUAUUUACAUAAAAACUCAACUAGUCAUGUGGGGAGUGUCAGAAAUACCAGCACUGUUUCUAAAAGCAGUGAGAUGCCAGAGUAUUUCUUAGGUCAUGAAUUGCAGACACCUGUUGAGAAACUUAACUUUGACACUUGUAAGUUGGCCCAGGAAAACUUUGAAAAUGAAAGAAGGCAGAUUUUACUUAAAGAAUUUUCCAACCCAGAAAUACAAUCUUUGCAAUCAAAAAUCCAAUCAGUUAAUUCUAAAAUAAAGCGUUUGCGUUCAAAGGAAAAAGUGUCAACCAAGCCACUCCUUACAAAAGCUAUAUACACUGAAAAUAAACCAACGGAUUCAAAAGCUAUAUACACUGAAAACAAACCAACGGAUUCAAAAGCUAAGAAAACCGCAGAGGAGCCAAACUCAUGGAUCCAAACAUUCAAUAAGGAUGUUAUGUGCUUUCUUUGCCAAAAAACAGUCAAAGCCGAUCAUCUUGGCGAACAUUUAUUUUUCGGUGCUGUCAGAUGUACACAUUGUAAUCGUGAAGUUUUGAAUUGUCAAAGUUUUCAGUUACUGAUUGUUAAUUCAAUUAUGGGAAUUGAAUCGUGUACGCAUUCAUUACGGUACUGUUAUGACCCAUUUGAUUACAUAAGAUCAAGGCUUUCAGAUAAGGCCACUAGCAAUUCGAGCAGUUCAUUUGUUCCUAUGUACUUGCUCAAAAGACUUUCAUUGUAUGUAGGUAGUAUGGAUAGCUUAAAAAAUAAGGAGCCAUGGGGGCCAGCACUUAUACAAUGCAAGAAACACUUGUCAUCCGAAAUUAAAUCAAAAGGACAUACAAAGUCAGUGACGAAUGAAAAUACUAAUGCUGGAAAAUCCAAAACAAAAUUAGCUGCUAAAACUUCUAAACAAACAUCUUCGAAAGACAACCAAAGCAUUGGCGGUGGAAGUCUUCCACCAGAAGCAAAAAACGUAGCCAGACAAGUAACUUGCUCAACAUUAAUCAAUCAAAAUGGGUUUGGAAGCAGAGCUUCUGAAGAUGCAGUGGUCGAUCUUCUCUUAUCGCAGAACUAUGAUCUUGAGCAACUUGAGCAAGCAGUAGAGUACGUUGAGGUGACGGGUCAUAGUAAAUUACAGAAUUCAAGUUUGUCCCGUAAGCCUGAAAAGAAGCCUAGGCCUUAUAAGAAACGAAAACAAAUAGAUAAAUCUCUAUUAAGCCCUUUGGUAAUAGGUAAAGAUCAGCCUGAGGACGAGGAAAUGUGUACCGAAUUCAUAGAAACUCCAGCUAAUGGCUACUAUUACGUUGUUCGCAAGGCUAUUGAAGAAUGCCCGAUGUGUUACACAGUUCUCUGUCCCUCCGAAUUCACAGUGAAUGUUGAAACAUUUCUCAUGACCACGAUUUGCAGUGGCUGUGACUUAACGAUAUACAUAGUCCUUGAUUCCCCUGACGGAUCCGUGACAGGGGUGUCAAUCGUAACAGAAGAGGAACCUGAAAACGAGCCAAAAUCUGUUGAAGUUACCGAAAAGAAAAAACGAAAAUAUACAAAACCUAAGAAACCGGUGAAAACCUCACGAGCUUCAGACUUCUUUGCAAAAUAAAAAUAUUACAUUGUGAAAAAUAAAUGUAACAAUUAUUGUAUACAUGUUUGAUCCAAUACAAUCCACAGAAUAUUCAUAAGUUAUGAAUCUACUUGGCAAUCAUGUACAGUAUUGCUAUGAGGUGCUAAAUAAAGGCAAAUGUUAUAGAAUUUUUGUACUCAAAAAUAAAAUUUUCCAAUACA